AUGGCUAACAUUCGUAAACAUUCGUUGGGGGAUUGCCGUUUUUACGAACAAAAAUUUCCCAAACCGGAUGAUCUGGUAAUGGUGAAGGUCAAUCGGAUAGAAGUACAAGGCGUAUAUGUUUCUCUUCUGGAGUACAACGAUCGAGAAGGCCUAAUAUUGUUGUCUGAAUUGUCUAAGAGAAGGUAUAGAAGUAUCAACAAGUUGGUGAAGGUCGGCAGACAUGAGGUAGCUUUAGUCCUGAGGGUGGAUAUUGUCAAGGGAUAUAUAGAUCUAUCAAAAAGAAGAGUUUCACCAGAUGAUAUUAUUAAAUGUGAAGAAAGAUUUUCAAAAUCAAAAAAAGUUCACCAGACAGUUAGACAUGUAGCACAGAAACAUAAUAUGAAGGUGGAAGAUCUUAAUAUUUCUUGCAUUUGGCCUCUGUACAAAAAAUACCCACAUGCACUAGAUGCUCUAAAGGAAGCUGCUAUUAAUCCAGACGCUGUAUUCAAGGGGUUAAACAUUGACCCUGAGGUUACAAAAUCACUGAUCCAAGACGUGCAGCUUAGACUAAGUCCACAGGCACUAAAAUUGAGAUGCAACAUUGACGUCUGGUGUUUUGGUCCACGUGGAGUAGAUGCAGUUAAGGAGGCUUUAAUGCUCGAUUUCUCAAAGUUCGACGAUCAACUUACUGUGACCGUCAAAUUAAUUUCUCCACCACAAUACGAGCUGAUUACAACAUGUUAUGACAAGGAAAAGGGGACUAUUCUUCUAAAAAAGUGUAUGGAGGCGAUAUCUGCUUCGAUAGUUAAAAAUCACGGGGGUGAAUUUAAGCAGAGAAGUGAGAUCAUAGUUAUGGGAGAUGAUGACGAAAAACACUUAGAGUCUCUGAUCGACAAUCAGGAAUCAUCGGAUGACGAAUCCUCCUCCGAUUCCAGUUACGAAGACGAGGGAAUGGGCAGAAUAGAUGAGUCUAAUAUUCUAGAGGAUGAAGAGGAGGGGACCUAA